AUGAUUGCGGAGAGUCGUUGUGCUAUUGCUCACCUUGUCCCAGCGACUGUGUACCGCAAGCAAGCGUCGAGCAGACUGGCAGAGCUGGAGCAGGCUUCUGAGGGGAGCGCGGCUUCUCACCGCAAGGAGAUCCUUCACCUGCAGAGGCUGCUGGGAGAAAGACAAGAGGCAGAGGAGAGGCUGCUGCAGUCCAAGCGGGACGUUGAGGAGGAAUUGGAGGUGGUGUGGCAGGUGGCAACUAAAGAAAACCAGCAAAGAAGAGAGCUGUUUGCCAGCUCAAGAACAGCACCUGCAACCUCAGAACGACCAGAACGACCAGAGACAGGACGACCAGAGGCAGGACGCUGA